AGAGAGAUAAGAAAAUGAAAUGCAAAGGAUCAGGACAACGGUUUCUUAGAAAGAGAUCUAUCAGAAAUUGGAAAGCAUUGAUCUGUAGUGAGAAAAAGUUAAGUAGCCUACUGUAAACAUGACUCCUUGAAUAUUAUGAGUGUUCUCAAUGUAUAUAACCCCCCCCCCAACACACACACUAUGUCACACCCUUGCUUGAUGGAGCCUGUCAAGAUCUGAGGACAAGCCCAGGCAUGUUUCCAAGAGAUAUCACUCACCAAAUCAUUACCAAGACCAAGUGUGGUCAGCACUAAAAAAGGAAAUGUGGCAGUUAGUCCUCAUUUCUGAGCACUAUCAGUCAACAACUGUGAAACGUGUUUUCUUGUAUUAUUCCAGAAAGAAUUAGUCUUUCAAUUGUCUGCAACUCUUGCAAAGUAGAUUAAAGUACAACUUCUAAAGUUUGCACUAGCCUUUUGCACUGUCCUGAACUGCGUGAAAGGCAUAAAAUAAAUAAGUUAUAUUUUGAGCCUCCUGGACCACCCCUCCCAUUUUAUAAUGAUUGCAAGCUUACAGAUCCUCUUAAGUUUUCCGUCAACCUUAAAGGAAUGAAAUCUGUGAGUCUGGCCGAAACAUUAAGCGUUUUCCUAAAAAUGAAAAAGGAGGGCAAACCGCAUCAAGAGGAGGUGAAGGGCGAUAUAUUUCACUGCAGGACAAAAGUGCCUUUCAUGAGGCAGUUGGGGAGAAUACAAGAGCACCCUCUGAGAGGAGAAAAUGUGGGUUUCUCCCACCAUCCGCUCUCCUCUUUUUCUGACCUUAAAAUAAACAAAAGGCAGGUGCAGCAGCACAGUGGCAGGCACAAAACGAAAAGCUGCGGCUCGUGAACUCAGCAAAAUUAAAUCUGCACACCUUCCCCUUUCUGUCUCCUGCCAAGAAACUCUACUGGCUUCCAAAACCCACAUGCGCAUACCAGUACAGACAAGAGCUACGUAAUAAAUCAUCAAAAGGUGCCUCUUGCCUUUGUUACAUGCAAGUGGAUUCUGAGUUGGUGAGUAAUUAACUAUCUUCUGUCAAGGCGGACCAAGCCUCCUGUCCUCUGGUGAAAAAAGCUCCGGGCAGGAGACAGAGCGGUGGCAAGGUUACGUCAGCUCACCAUGGUCGACAGCACCACCAUGACCUACAGUGAUGCUGUCACUCUGUCAGUCUCAGGACGGACAACAAUGAUCACACAUGGACAACAAGGACACAAACAGUCUCUGUUGCAGAGAUACCGAAGAGCUCUUCUUUGCUAAUCCCGGUUGCUCUGACCUCUGACCCCUGGAUGGCAUCUUAUAUAAGGAGCUGUUUAAGGAAAGCACACGGGAGCAGCCUGUGGUCUGUUGCGUGAGGUUAGCAUCCCCCCUCUCAGAGAUGGCGUGUGUCGGUGCUGCUUGUGCGUCCGGGGCCUAACGUGCACACAGAGAGGACCCCCUUCCCCCCGAAAUUGCUGCGUAUUCCUCGGGUGUCUCUUCUCACUGUGUCCUCCACCGCUGCUGCUGCCUCUCAGCUCUCCCCCCACCCCACCUCCCUGUGCGGGUGUCUGGGAGUUGGGCCCUUGGGGGUGGAGGGAAUCAACAUCGUGCUUCGCUGGGGAGCUGUGCAGAAUUAGCUAUGCCCUGCCCAGGCAUCCUCUGACCAGCUGGAUUUCUCCAUUUCUGUCUACCUGCACACCGGAGGGCAACGUAGGAUGAAAAUCUGCAGUCAUGAUGCAAGGACUGAAAAACCGAACAAGGAAAGCCCUGGGCUUACGAAAGAGAGACAAGGAUACAGACGCAACGAGUUCACCUGGCAAAGAAGGAACUGGAAGCGGAAAGAAAGGAAAUAAAAAGACCAAUGGAGCACCGAAUGGUUUCUAUGGGGAGAUUGACUGGGACAGAUAUGCCUCCCCUGACGUGGAUGAGGAGGGCUUCAGCCUCCGGCCUGGUGACGAGGGCGAUGCAGCUUGCAAAGGAAAGCAGUUUUUCUCCUCCAGCGACUCUGAGGACGACGAGGACAGCAAGAAAAAGUUCAAAAUUAAGAUCAAGCCGCUGGUGUCGGACAGUGCCAAGUGUGUCCCUCCAUCUAUGGACGAGCUAAAAGCCUCAGUGGGAGGCCUGGCACUCUCUCCCUCUCUGAAGAGAAGUCCGAGACGCAGCCCGGGGCAGAUAAAGAGGAAUUUGUCCUGUGAAGAGAUUGCCAGACCCAGACGCUCCACCCCCACACCAAGUCCUGCCCCUGAGACGCCAAGUGACAGACUGUCGCAGAACGUUCCUGCCUUUUUUGGGCUGCCUUCAGAGACCAAAUAUGCCAGAUAUGAUGUGGUCCCUACUGAGCUAUGGGGAGACUCGAGACCACGCUCAGAAUCCCCGCUGAGCAGAAGUUUCCCAGCAGGAGCUCCUCCUCCUCUUCCUCCAAAAAACAUUCCAUCAAGAAGUCAUUACGGCUAUCCUUCGGACUCUGCUGUUGACCUACCCAAUGGAAGGGCAGCUCGCAGCUCUGCCCCCAUCUACCUGAACGUCCUGUCCCCCGCCUCUUACCGAGGCUCCCCUGCCCCUGACCUGGACGACGUGUUCAGCAUUGACAGCCCCCGCACCACUGAGGACACAGCGUCUCCCAGAUGGGUUACUUUCACUGACGACAGACCCCCGCCGCCCGAUGAACCCGCUCCCCCUCCGCCACCGGAUUCUCCUCCCCCAGACACGCCCUCGUCCACCCCCUCCACCCCCUGCCUCUCUCCAGGACCGCCGCCAAACGAGCCCCCACCUUCGCCACCACCGUUUUCUCCCGGGUCUCCUCCUCCUUUCACGCCCCCAGACUCACCCCCCUCCAUCGUGCUCGGACCUCCUCCCCCGGAUGAACCAGCCCCUCCCCUGCCUCCCAACUUCUCCCCCUGUAAUUCGCCUCCUCUAUGCCUCGACGAGGAGGCGAUCGAUGAGGAGGUGCUGCAGUUUGCAGAGUACUCUUCGUCCCCCGCCCCCAUCAGCCCCGUGCCUCCUCUUCCAGCAGAGCGGAGGUCUCCUCGGGCAGGAGUCACAUCUCCCCUGGUCCUGGGGGGUAUGGGGGGAAAGAGGACUCCAGAGGGAGUAUACCUAAGAGAUGAUAUCCCAGACUUUGUGGGUUCACCCAGAGAGCUGACAUUGAGCUUCAGGGGUACGCCACCUCCUCUCCCUCCAACCACCUAUAGGUCUAUUAUGUCUUCCCCGGGGCCCUACUCAGGCAGCAGCCCCUCGUCUCCAGCUCGUCCUGCCACGCCUCAGUCUCGAGGCAGUCCAGUCCCUCCGCCUCCUCCUCCUCGACCGUCCUCGCGACCAAAGCUGCCCCCAGGGAAACCAAUCACAGACUUGUCUCGGCCCUUCAGUCCGCCGGUUUCAGGCAGCCCCCCACCUCUCGCCCCCCUGGCCCGGGCAGAGAGCUCUUCCUCCAUCUCCUCCAUUACCUUGCAGAGUGCAGCUUCCACUCCAACCUUAGGAAGGGACCUUAACAUGUCCACCGCAGGAGGCUCCAGAGGACCCAGUCCACUCACCAUGGGACCCCAGGACACUCUGCCAGUGGCAGCUGCCUUUACAGAAACCAUCAACGCCUACUUCAAAGGCGCAGACCCCAGCAAAUGUGCUGUGAAGAUCACAGGGGAGAUGGUGCUCUCCUUCCCUGCGGGCAUAACCAGGCAUUUUUCCAGCCAUCCAACUCAACCCGUCCUCACCUUUAGCAUCAGCAACUACAGCCGACUGGAGCAGGUCCUCCCCAAUCCACAGCUGCUGUGCUGUGAUUCCACAACAGACAGUGUAGACACCAAGGAGUUCUGGGUGAAUAUGCCAAACUUGAUGAGCCAUCUGAAAAAAGUGGCUGAACAGAAGCCUCAGGCUACAUACUACAAUGUGGACAUGAUCAAAUAUCAGGUGUCAGCAGCGGGGAUCCAGUCCACUCCUCUGAACCUGGCAUUGAGUUGGCGAGGCGAUGCCACCAACACAGACCUUAGAAUAGACUACAAAUACAACACCGAGGCCAUGGGCGCCCCCAUGCCACUACACAACAUCCACUUCCUGGUUCCUGUGGAUGGAGGCAUGGCCAAAGUCCAGGCCAUGAUCCCCCCUGCCACCUGGAAUUCAGAGCAGCAGACAAUACAGUGGAAAAUCCCCAGCCUCUCUCACAGAUCUGAAAAUGGAGGAGUAGGGGCUCUUCUGGGCCGGUUCCAGAUGACAGAAGGUCCCUGUAGACCCUCACAGCUGACAGUCCAGUUCACCAGUGAGGGGAGCACUCUGUCAGGAUGCGACAUCCAGCUGGUUGGGACUGGCUACCGGCUAUCACUGAUCAAGAAGAGAUUUGCUUCAGGGAAAUAUUUGGCAGAUAAUUAGUGGACCUGCUUGUGAACGGAACCAAAAGAAUCAAUGGCUUUUGACUGUGAAGACUACGGAUCCAUCCCAUAAUUAGUCCAUUUGAAACUUUAUCUUUAGCAACCAUUAGAAUCAAUGGUUGAGAUUUAACAGAACACAUAACACACACACAGAUGAUAUUUGAUUUCAUCAUAUUCAGUAGACUGACUGCUGCUGAGUUUAUGCAAGUAAAUACAAAUCAUUAGUUUUGUGCACUUGGAACAGUUUUGGGCUUACAUGGAAUAAAAUAUAGGGAAACUCUGAUUCUUUGUUCUUGUUAACAUAAUUGUGGAUUCAUACAGUGAUCCAGCCUUAUUCAUUGCAGUUUCUUUUGUCUAACUGGUUGUCAUUGCAAAUGCACUGUAAAAGAUAAUGUGAAUAGAUUAUAUAAUAUUAAAACAAUCUUAAACAAGGUGGAAAAGAAUGGAAAAUGUAAAAAAAAAACGUGUAGUAUAGGGUUGCUUUGCAGUUUUAUUCCUAUAAGUUAUAGGUUACAUGGUAAUAUCUGAUUUACACUGCCACCUCAAAUCAGAUUUUUUUUCCACCAUGUGUGACCGAUCUUUAUCGUUGUCUAACAGAAUUUAGGAUUCUGUGAAGACAGCCUUUGAAAUGUCACACCCUGUUCUAUCAGUAUUGUGAUUAAAGGUGACUGGUCAGUUCACAUUUCAAAAUGACCCGCAGCGCUGGACUAACAUCACCACUCUUAAUCUGAAGGUGCUUUUUAUAUGGAAUUAUAUUUGUGCCACAAACCGGAUCGCAUGAUGGGAAAUUUUGAGCACAGUAAAACUUUGUUUGCAAGCACAUGAAUUAGAUUUUGUAGAGAAAUUAUCAUCAUGCAAAAAAUACUUUAAUUUUAUUAGAAAAAAAUGUAUUUUGGUUCGCAAUUAAUUUAAGUUUAAAGUGGAUAUUAUCAAUAUUUUUUAUAUUAACAAUGGAUCAUAUAAUUACUUUUGUGUGAAAGAAGUUGCUCGUAGGGACAAACCCACAGAGAAUUAUCACCCGAACAGCGUCAUUUAGCUCAUUGUUUUGGUUUUCCAGCCCGCACCCUAACUGUUGUGGUUGACUCUCACUGCCCUCAUCGCUCAUAGACCAUAGUUUUUGUUAUCUGCAGGCAGCUGUUUAUUAGCAAAAAAGCUCUGAUAAACACACUGUACGCAACCCGCCUAGCACCAAACAGCAGAUAUCAUAGUUAGCAACUAGCUGGUGAACAUUGUGGAACAUUUAGCAGCUAAACAGCCAGAUUUUUCCCUCAGGUGAUGGUAAAGACUAAAAAAGGAGAGAAAUAUUGGACUUACAUUCAUCAGAUGGACAGGACACAACUCCAAAAUAAUGUUACUGCGUGUCAGCUGAAUGUGUUAAUCCGUGUUAAUGGGCAAUUGUUUGCUACAUUCCCACUUAAAUGGUGAUAAAAUGUCAGUGUUGUGUUCACAGGUGAUUUCCACUGCCCCCUAGUGGCCAAAAAGUCAGUAAUUGCAGGUUUAAAUUCACUUUUUGUGUGUGACUAUGUUAAUGAUUAUAAUGCCUUGGCUGUGUAGCUGACUAUUAUCAAGUUAGCCAACUAGCUUAGUUAGCUACUGCAUAUCUGACAGACGUUAGCUAGCUACCUACCAAGACAGCUAGUCUGCAAGCUAAUCAAAUACAGACUAAGUUUCAACAGAAUUUCAAAAAGGUUCAUAGAACCAGGUAUGUAAGCAAACUUGUAUUAAGUGUUUAUACUUUGUGUUUGGCUGUGAUGUACAUGCUUACCAUUCUACUACCACCUACUCACCAGAUAGGUUUAUUAUUGUGCGCUUAUGUGGAUUAUAGCAAACAAAUAAAUUGAUUAAGCACAGAAUAGAUUUUUGUUUGCUCAAAUUAAAUUAUGCUUGAUUGAUUAUAAUUUCUCUAUAAAAUAUUUAUGUGCUUGCAAACAAUUUUUUUUUUUGUGCUCAAAAUGUCCCAUCCCGCGAUCAGGAUUGAAGCACAUACUGUAUGUAAUACUAUACUAUUACACACACAGCCUUCACCACUACUUUGAUGGCAUUUUGCCGUUAACGGGUUAUGUGAACAGAGAGUUGAAACUGUCAGCAAAUCAGUUACAUCAGAACAAAAUCAUUACAUUACCUCUACAGGCACAUGCAAUGCUGAGAUACAUCACAUUUCCCACAUCACAGGACUUUAGUGGUAUUUGUGGUGGUGUGAGAAUGGUCAAAUUUUGUAAUAAAAAGGCGAUACUAACAGAAGCUGCUACUUUCACUGGAACAGUUUGGUUAAUUUAUUCUGUUAGUGUUACAGAAAUUAUGUUUGAAAGGGCCUUAAGAUGUAUGAAGCAUACAGAGCCAGCUGUGAGUGCCAUACGGUGGUGAAAAGGAGCUUUGAGUUUCAGGAGAAAUGUAAAGGGGACCUGGGCUGACGAUUGUAGGAGUUGCCUUUGAUGCUGCUUAAAAACCUGGCCAAUUCCUUUGACCAUGAUCUUUGAUAGAGGUCUUGACGAGUAUUAUCGGGGACAUCACAGAGUAAUGAAAAGAAAUGUCUAUCAAGAAGAUGGCACUAUUCAUGUCCCUGUUUUAUUUUCUUCCUUUUCCACCAUGUUGAAUAAACGUUUUAUCAUUUUCUAAUAGCAAUAUUUAAAAAUGUAAGUGUAAAUAGUGUAGAUAAAAAGCUAUGUUUCAAAUAUUUCUCCGGGCAUAUGGAUGUGUCUGUGAUUGUCUCUUGGUUUAUUGAUGUCAGUGCUCAUAAUGCAUUAGGUUCUAUGUAACGACACCACCACUCUUCAUCUAUUGUUUUACAUGUGGGUUUCUUGUACAAAAGAAAGUGUUACUGAAUAACUCCAAACGGUGCCGCCUGAAAUCUGCAUUUGUCCAUCACUAAUCUUAUCAAUGCAAUACCAAUUUAUGCAUUUCAAUAAGGUCAUGAUACGUGUGUUAUUGUAAAAUUGUGCUUUGAGAGAAGACUUUUUUGCCUUCACUUAAACCUCCAAUCUCUGUUUUGCUGUUGUUGCACCUUCAGAAACCCAUUGUCAAUAACUUUGGCAUGUAUUCAUUGAUAUUUCCAUUCCAUGCAUCUGAUAUAGGUGUUUGACAUUCUCCUGUGUUUGACUUGCACACAAAACACAAAUUAAAUUUCAUUAAUAAAACAAUUCAUGGCUUCAUGUCACCUGUACACAUUGAUGCUGUGAACAUCGCAUUUUAUAGAAUGUUUUAAUGUGAUGACUCACAGUUUGGGCCUGGUUGUAAAAGUUUAUUUAGUUCUUACAAAAAGAAAAGAAACAUUUCUUUUGGUUCUGUUAAUAAUGCUUAUGUUUUUCUUUGCCUUAUUUUCCUAGAGAUAGUCCUCCAAUAUGGGCGGGUUUCUGUAGGUUUAUUUUUUUCUACAACUUUUUGGCUGUAUUCCUUUCACUGCAUUAGACACAGAAUAUGCAAACAUUUCAUGUAAAUUUCCCAUCCAAAGAUUUUGAAAGUAAAUAUAUAAAAAAAAAUCAAUAUAAUGUAAUACCUGUUUUACUUGGUAAUAAAGAAGAGGAAAUAUGA